GUACAAGUGGUUUGAAACAGUCUUUAGCUUUCUAUUUCCUAUCGCCAAGAGCUUUGAGAAUAAACCAAGCGAACGCUUUAUUCAGGGCUAAGUGAGUUACAGAGCCCUCCAUUCUGACAGCGUUUCAACCUCGGAGUGAGGGAGUGAGAAAGCAGCAGGAGCAGCAGCCGCAGAAGCACAGCAGCCACAACAGCAAAGGCAGCAGCCCCUACUGAAGUCCAACAGGGGAGACUUGAUCUCCAGUUCAUGUUGGAACUCCCUCCACCCGGCAUCGUGCACUGUCCAGGGUCCUGAAACAUGAACCAAACUGCCAGCGUGUCCCAUAACAUCAAGUGCCAGUCCUCCUCAAAAACAAUCAAGGAGCUGGGAAGUAACAGCCCUCCACAGAGAAACUGGAAGGGGAUUGCUAUUGCCCUGCUGGUGAUUUUAGUUGUAUGCUCACUCAUCACUAUGUCAGUCAUCCUCUUAACCCCAGAUGAACUUACAAAUUCAUCAGAAACCAGGUUGUCCUUGGAAGAUCUCUUCAAAGAUGACUUCGUGCUGCAUGAUCCAGAAGCCCGAUGGAUCAACGAUACAGAUGUGCUGUAUAAAAGCGAGAACGGACAUGUCAUUAAACUGAAUAUAGAAACAAAUGCCACCACAUUAUUAUUGGAAAACACAACCUUUGGAACCUUCAAAGCAUCAAGACAUUCUGUUUCACCAGAUUUGAAAUAUGUUCUUCUGGCAUAUGAUGUCAAACAGAUUUUUCAUUAUUCGUAUACUGCUUCAUAUGUGAUUUACAACAUACACACUAGGGAAGUUUGGGAGUUAAACCCUCCAGAAGUAGAGGACUCCGUGUUGCAGUACGCAGCCUGGGGUGUGCAAGGGCAGCAGCUGAUUUAUAUCUUUGAAAAUAAUAUCUACUAUCAACCUGAUAUAAAGAGCAGUUCAUUGCGACUGACAUCUUCUGGAAAAGAAGGGAUUAUUUUUAAUGGAAUUGCUGACUGGUUAUAUGAAGAAGAACUUCUGCAUUCUCACAUCGCCCACUGGUGGUCACCAGAUGGAGAAAGGCUUGCCUUCCUGAUGAUAAAUGAUUCACUGGUGCCUAACAUGGUUAUUCCUCGGUAUACUGGAGCAUUGUAUCCCAAAGGGAAGCAGUAUCCGUAUCCUAAGGCAGGUCAAGUGAACCCAACAAUCAAAUUAUAUGUUGUUAACCUAUAUGGACCAACUCAUACUUUGGAACUCAUGCCACCCGACAUCUUUAAAUCAAGAGAAUAUUAUAUCACAAUGGUUAAAUGGGUAAGCAAUACCAAGACGGUGGUCAGAUGGUUAAACCGACCUCAGAACAUUUCCAUCCUCACAGUCUGUGAGACCACAACUGGUGCUUGUAGUAGAAAAUAUGAGAUGACAUCAGACACGUGGCUCUCCAAGCAGGAUGAGGAGCCCGUGUUUUCUAGAGAUGGCAGCAGAUUCUUUAUGACAGUUCCUGUUAAGCAAGGGGGCCGUGGGGAAUUCCACCACAUAGCCAUGUUCCUCGUCCAGAGUAAAAGUGAGCAAAUUACUGUGCGACAUCUAACAUCAGGAAACUGGGAAGUGAUAAAAAUCUUGGCGUAUGAUGAAACUACUCAAAAAAUUUACUUUCUGAGCACAGAGUCUUCUCCCAGAGAGAGGCAGCUGUACAGUGCAUCUACUGAAGGAUUAUUGAAUCGUCAAUGCAUUUCAUGUAAUUUUAUGAAAGAACAAUGUACAUAUUUUGAUGCCAGUUUUAGUCCCAUGAAUCAACAUUUCUUAUUACUCUGUAAAGGUCCAGGGGUCCCAAUGGUCAGCCUACAUAGCACGGACAAUCCAGCAAAAUAUUUUAUAUUGGAAAGCAAUUCUAUGCUAAAGGAAGCUAUCCUGAAGAAGAUAAUGAAGUCCAGACUUUUAACGGUUUCUAUCGAUGACUAUGAACUUCCUUUACAGUUGUCCCUUCCCAAAGACUUUAUGGACGAAAACAAGUAUGCUCUUCUGUUAAUAAUGGAUGAAGAACCGGGAGGCCAGCUGGUCACAGAUAAGUUCCACAUUGACUGGGACUCAGUGCUUGUCCACACAGAUAACAUCAUCAUUGCACGAUUUGAUGGCAGAGGAAGUGGAUUCCAGGGCCUGAAAAUUUUGCAGGAAAUUCAUCGAAGGUUAGGUUCCGUGGAAGUAAAGGACCACAUAGCAGCUGUGAAAUUUUUAUUGGCACAACCAUACAUUGACUCCAAUAGAUUAAGCAUUUUUGGAAAGGGGUAUGGUGGCUAUGUUGCAUCAAUGAUCUUAAAAUCAGAUGAAAAGCUUUUUAAAUGUGGAUCAGUAAUUGCACCCAUCACUGACUUGAAGUUGUAUGCUUCAGCUUUUUCUGAAAGAUACCUCGGUAUGCCAUCUAAAGAAGAAAGCACAUACCAGGCAUCAAGUGUACUACAUAAUAUCCAUGGCUUAAAAGAAGAAAAUAUAUUAAUUAUUCAUGGGACUGCUGACACAAAAGUUCAUUUCCAGCACUCAGCAGAAUUAAUAAAACACCUAAUAAAGGCUGAAGUGAAUUAUACUAUGCAGGUCUAUCCAGAUGAAGAUCAUAGCAUAUCUGAGAAGAGCAAGUAUCAUCUCUACAGCACAAUCCUCAGAUUCUUCAGUAAUUGCUUAAAGGAAGAAAUACCCAUGAUACCACAGGAACCAGAAGAAGAAGAAGAUGAAUAAUGGACUCUAUUUAUAUAGAACUAAGGGGAUACUGAGGCUCAAUGAAAUCGAACCAAGAGACUGUAAUAUUGUAGAUGCUGCAGAAUUCCAAGGGCAGCUUCAGGAGAUGACACUGGAACAGCACACUCAGAGACAAUAAACUAGAAUUUGAAUACAGAUGUCCAAGUCUACUGUUUUGCCAAGGGUGCAGAACCUGUUUCUUGUGAAAGGAAGGUCAAAUGGUUGGUUUCUUAGGAGAAAUUAGUUUUGCAUUACAGUAGGAAUAGUGCAUGUUUUUUGUUUUGUUUUUUCCUGUUAUGCCCUCUUUGUUCUGUAACUAGUUGUUCUCAUUUUAAUUUUAAUGGCCACCAUCUUUGCAUACGAUGCACAACUUAUCAGUAUUACAGUCCCUUAUCUUGGUGGCUGAGCUGCAGCCUAACACUUGACUCUACCUUUACAAUAAGUGCAAUUCCUUUAUUGCCUAUUAGUAUGCUUAAGAAAAUAUUCAGUUAAUAAAAAGAGGCUAUUUUACGUAAUUUCUGUUUACAAAAAAAAAGCAUUGUUAAAUGGGUCAAAGGUCAUGUAGAAAUAUGGAUUUUAGCACCUUCUGAAGUUCAGCCAAUUACCAGUAGAUAUGAUAUUGUUAAACCAACAUACGAGUGUGUGUUGAACAAUAUAUAUAUACACACUUGUGCAUAUGCAAUCAAUAAAUUUAUCUUUACAUGCUAUUCAUGCUACAGAGGAUAAACUAGAAGAAAUGCUCUUUUACAGGCUGUAAUGGAAGCUUUGUUUAAUGAGCCAAAUAUGAUGAAACUUUUUUUUUUUUUCAAUUCAAAUUCUAGCUAUUGCUUUUCUCUAAAUGUUUGAGUUGUGUUUGGUAUCGUUUUUAGUGGUUAAUAGUUUUCUAGUUGUAAUUUAAUUAUUUGGAUAUGAUACCUUGUCACUUGUAAAUUAGAUACUUAAAUAUUAAAUUAUAGUUUCUGAUAAAGAACUUUUGUUAACAAUGCAAUGCCACUGAGUACUAUUUUGCUCUUUUGGCAGAGAAGGCUUUUUUAAAAACACUUGGUCCUUUUACUUCUCUCCCUCAAUUCAGAAUCAGUUCUCAUUUUCAUUGUAAAAGCAAAGCAAAGAGCUGGCAAGUUUUCUUUUGCCAGUUCCUAUUUAGUAAUUGGUGCCUGCCCAAUCCAUCUGUUACUGUUUCAUUUAAAUACUUCUUGAAUUAGAAAUGAAAUAUUUUUUAUUCAUUGAUGAUAAGUUCCCAAAUAGCAGUGUCUGCUGUUUAACUUGAGAUGAAGGCACAAGACACAUUCAUUCCUGGUCUGUGCUAAUUUGCGGUAGUAAGCAACUGAGAAAAUAAAAUAAACUUCACUGUCUGAAGUCAACGUAAAUCAUGAGGGGAUUAAAUUUGGUGAGUAAAGUUCGAGUAUCUUCGCACUUUACUUUAAGGAUCUUCAAGAAGAUAUUGAAAAGUCUGGAAAAGUUUGGCUAAAUCUAGGUAAUAAACUAUAUUUUUGUGAUUUACAAAAUUUCUUAGUACAGUUCUGCAUAAAAAUGACAUUAGAAGACCAGGAGGAAACUUAAACAUGUCACAGAAUUGCUCCUAUUCUGUCAAAGGAUCAAUCCCCAAGUCUGGGUAUUUGGAUAUGUGUGAGUCGUUUGGGAAUAUUCUGUUCUUCUUCUGAAUGCAUUGAAAUUGUGUCCUCACCGCUCCAUUGAAUUCAAUUUAAAACGAGAAAGGCUCUUUUCUGAAAGACUCAUUUCAGGUCUUUCUCAAGAAUAGUAAACACAUUAAAAAAAGGUUGUAAUAUUUCAAAGGAAAGUUUUGCCUAUUUUAUUAAGAUGGAAAUUUCUUUUAAGGCUGAUUUAAAGUCCAACUGCAGUUUUUAAUCAAUAUUUUAAAUUUCAACCACUAGAGAUUUUUAUGAUGCAAAUAAUUAUCUUGUCUGAAAGAUGUGGUUUUAUUGAAUGUCUAUUUGCGUAACAUUUAAAACGUAUUUACCUUUUGCUGUUCAUCACUUCUCCUGUUUUAUUAUUAUCAAUGUUUAUCUAUUUUUCCAAUUAAUUUAAUACAAUUUAUAAUGUGAAAGACAUUUGUCUGGAACCCACUUUCACCUUAUAGGCUAAAUAGAUCUCAAAUGAAGACAUACCGCUUAGUAGGAAGGUGGACAUUUUUUCAUUUGUGUGAUAUUUUGAGUUUGAAUAAUUAUGCCAUUUUAGGUAAAGGAUUGCUCACCAACACAUAGACAUCGGGUAUUAGAGGGAUUGCAUAAGUGGACUUGCCCAUUUAUACAUUUGUCUUUAAUCAUAAUCCCGCUAUUUUGAGUAUAUUGAUGCAUUCCAAAAGGUUCCUAGAACUCCAGUAGCAAGCUUUCCAAGUGACAUUUUCCCCUUAAUGUUAAAAAAAAAAAAAUCAAGCCAAAAUGUAAAGUAAAACAGGUAAGCUGUAUUAAAUCAUCCACGGAGAAAAACACAUAAUGUUUUGAACCUAUUUGGAAAGGCAAAAGUAUUGUUUCACUAAUUCCCUCCAUGGAGGUCUCUAACUCAACACUUACAGAUUAAGAAGCCCCUGCUGCUCUGUUUGAGUUUCCUGGCAGGACCAGUGAGAAGGGUGCUCAUCUAACCUGAAUCUCAGCCCUGAGAGGAGCCUCUUCUGAUUGGGUAUUUAGCACAGACAUCAUUCUAAUGGGGAGUCUUGCAGAGGUCAGUUGUAGACUUCUUAUAUGACUUAAAUAUUGAUCUUUACUAUAAGGAGAAUUGUUUAAGCCAUUGUCCUCAAAUGGUGGGCACCUGGGAUGGAUUUGCUCUCAAAUCUCAUUAAGACCAUAUGGCUUCUGUAAUCAUGUAUGAAAUACUUGGUUUGUCUCUCCUCACAUGCCCCCCACCUUCACAUCUGCAGCAAUGAGCACUGCAUAAAUAAUGCUGACUCCUCAGCUCUGCUCCAUCUUUCACUUCCUGUUCUGGGGAUUCUCUGAUGCUGCACUUGUCUGUCUGCUGGAACCAAUGGACUCAUCCCUCACACACUUGAAACCAAUACAAGAAUCUUAAUGCCUCAUUAAAACCCAACUAAGACAGGAGCAAACAACUAUAUGUUCCUCUUUUUCUUCUUUCAGACAUUCUACAUGGUCCUUGGAAGGGCCAUGAAUCUCAGCUGCCCACACCUGCAUACUUUUCCAGUUCUCUUUCACGUUUCACUCUUCUCAGUCCCCAGCACCUGUUUUCUAAAAUCAUCUCCCUAAGCAAACCACACGUGCAUCAGCUGUUGAGUUGGCUCUGCUUUCUGGGCUAGUCCCUUAUUGCCACAAGUGCUUACCAUUUUGACUAUUAUAGGACUAGGAAAUAAAGUGACAAUAAAGAAUUGCUUUCA